AUGGAAAUGUAUGCCUAUAUUUGCAGAGAUAUUAGAAGUUUGCUCUUUAAUUUUAGUCAUUCUAUUAAUAUUCUGAAGUAUUAUGGAAGUCUUAGCCAAUGCAAUUGCUUGCUGCUUGGUUUAUGAAGGCAGACAAGAGAACUAUGGGAGAAAAACAGUCAGGCUUAUGCUUAUGGGUUAGUUGCAGAUGGAACUAGAAGAACUUUAAUAUGAUAUGAAUCAUUCGAUAGCACAGUUACUGACUAUUUUGAAAACAUUAGAGAUAUUUCAGAGUUUCAUCUCUUUGAAUAUGUACUUCAACUUCAAAGCGAAGACUGCAUUAGAAAAUUCUGAGAGUUCAUCAAGGGCUUCAAGAACAGAAGUUUUGUGAAGUUUAAGAGGAUUGAAAUAGAUAAUGUCCACACAGCUGGAAUGACAUGAGCCCUUUUGAAUUCUCCCUACGAUGUUUUGAGGGAGCUCUCAUUGGAUACUUCUUGAAUUCAGAUAAACAAGUUGCAGAAUUUUAUCCCAUAUAGUGCAAAAGAUUUGUUGAAGUACACCCACGAGCUUGAUCUCUCAACAAUCACCCAAGGUUCUCAUGAAGAUCUAGCUAAAUUUGUUACUUACGAUUGAGUGAAAGGGAUCAACCAAUUUAACUUCGACUCCAAGGUAGAAACUCUGCUAGAUUCAGAUCAGUACAAAGAUAUCAUCCCUGUAUCGAUAAGGCAAUCUUGAAGGCAAGUAUGUAUCAAGAGGUUUCCCAAAAAUGAUUUACUAGAUACAAAAGCAAUUGGCAAUGUUUCCCAAGAGCUGGCUAAAGUAUUUCCCAAGUUCAAGGAAACAGGCUCUAGGCUCAGCAUUUAUAGACAGUUUCUAUUUUAUAGCAAGGAGUUAAGCUCCCUGCUCCAGGAGGGAGUCUCACUCACCUCUGAGUUCUAUACACACCCUUCAUUUGUGAUCUUGAAGGAUUGCAAUGUCUGGUGUUAUGAUUAUUCCUUAAAAGCGUAUCUAUCUUUCAAAGUUUCGAAAAUGCUUUGUAAGCAAUUCGGGAUUUUUGAGCUAGAUUUUAAACCCCUGAAAGGCUUCACAGUAGUGUCAAAUGACUCUAUUCUGGAGCUGCAACAUAUUCAAUCUGUCCAAAGAUGUGACUCGGAAAAUAUGGAGAUCUUUGAAGAAUAUAGAAUCAAAAUUGAGCAGGGAUUAGAUUAUCUCCACAAGGGGGUAAAUCCAUUUUUCAUUGAAGGUAAAGACUUUGAAUUCAUUGAUGGAAACGAUAUUUUGAUAUAUUGCAAGCCCUCUAAAUGUGAGCAUUUGAAGAUCCAAUUGUGAAGAGGUGUAUAUUUCAAGAAGACUAUUGCUGCUCUUAAAAAAGUCAGAACUGAAUUCUUAUUUCUCCAGGUCUAUGAUUUGAACUUCACUCACUUAAAGUUGAUCGAGCUGCUUGCUUUUAAAGUUACAGAUAUCUCUUUCGACAUUCGAGAAGGUGAACUUUCAAAAAUUACACUUAAAGAAAAGAGAGCACUAAGAUCAGCAAUUUUAGGCGUAAAAUCUCUCAGAAGCGUCACAAUCAUAAUGAAUAGAAAGAGACAGCUACUCAGAAGGACUGAUGUUGAUUUUAAGAAGCAGCUUGCUCGUAUCUUUGGCAAAAACUUGAAGGUUGAGAUUACUCAUAAUAUGCCGUUUGAAGAGACAUCCAGAUAUUAUUAGUGAUUCAUCCAUAAAAUUGGGUAGUUCCAGGCAG